AUGCCCACUGCGCCAACACUUCGGAUCCCCUUCCAGUACGCCGCCCAAUUGAUCCGGCCACGACCGCACCGGCUUCUACUCCGACCCCGCUUCCUCACAACGGCGACCAUGUCCGACACCGCAGCUCGCCGCCUGCAAAGGCCCGUCAUCUUCGUUUGCGACCUCCAGGACAAGUUCCGCAAUGCUAUUUUCGAGUUCGACAAGGUAGUCAAGACGACUUCCAAGCUCCUCCGCGCCGCCGAAACUCUGAAAAUCCCUGUCUACACAACGACGCAGAACCGCGCGCGCCUCGGCGACACCGUCUCGGAGCUGGCUCCGUUCCUAAAGGAAUCGGAUCUCGUCCGCGCCCCCGUCGACAAGACCAAGUUCAGCAUGUGGGUGCCCGAGAUCGCGACGCAGUUCGACGGCAAGGGCGCUCACGAGUUCCUGGUCGUGGGAAUCGAGUCGCACAUUUGCGUGACGCAGACGGCGCUGGACUUGCUGGCCGCGGGACACAAGGUAUAUGUGCUCGCGGACGGCGUGAGCAGCUGCAACCGCGAGGAGGUGCCGAUCGCGCUGGCGCGGCUGCGGCACGAGGGCGUUACAGUUACGACAAGCGAGAGUGUGAUUUACGAGAUGAUGGGGGACGCGGCGAGGCCCGAGUUCAAAAGCAUUGUCGGGUUGGUCAAGGAUACGGGAAAGGAUACCAAAGAGGUUUUGCAGGCUCUGGCGCCCAAGAUCUAA